UGUGUAGUGAAAGCAAUUUCGUACAAAAAAACUUAACCGGUGGUUUCCUCGUGCAAGAAAACGGAAGGAAGGACACUCUCAUGAGAAAGGUUGAGCUGUGCGGUCGCCGAGAGUCGUCGUUCGUCCGAACUGAGCAUCGUGAUUAUCCGCAGUCCAGUCGUAUAUGGUGUAAAAUAAUAGCUCCCCAGCUAAUAGAAAGGGCAAACGGUUUAAUUCUAAUAAAGCAUUAUAUUGUGUGAAUACAAGAAUCUGAGAGACAGUUAUUUGAAUUUCCCAGUUUCUGUCGGCUGUACAGAAGUCGUGUCGGUCGCUUGCUGAAUUGGCAAGAUCAUCGGUGUCGGUUUGAAUCGUGUUGAUUAUCGGCCGAUUUCUUCAUACCUCUCGAUAGCUAUCCUCUGGAUAAAUUCCUCUGAGAACCAAUAAGGAGAACCAAUUUUGAGAGAUAUCUUCUAAAUAAAGUUAUCAAAAACUUAUCUAGAAGUGAAAAAAUUGGCUGUAUUUUGGGCAAGAAGAAAUAAGAAGAAGUGUAAGAAGUCGUUGAAUAAAAAUAAUCUUAUAGUAGCGACAUCCGAGUGUAACGUUACGUUACGUUAAAUAUUUACAAUGGCUAAAGAAUCAAUUGUGUUCUCAACUUUAGACGAUGAAAUAGGACAGAAGUUAGAUAAAAUGUUUGCAGCAAAGCCUAGUUUUCUGAGAGUAAGUCCUGGCCGUUGUUUGUUGCCGCCAACCUUUGUUUUUUGCGCACAAAAGAUACGCGACUUCACCGUGUAUGAGGACGACGUUUGGGUGAUUUCAUAUCCUCGUACCGGAAGUCACUUGGCAUCGGAAAUGAUUUGGUGCAUCGGAAAUGAUUUUAAUUACGAGAGCGCGCGCAACGCGCUUUUCAUCAUGAGAUGUCCUCUGCUCGAAGGUUCGGCUCUGAUGAUAAACGGAGACUAUGACGAGUGGUUUGCAAAGCUUGGCGAUUCCGUUGAAAACAUAUCAAAAAUGCCGAGACCUCGAUACAUCAAGUCGCAUUUGCCAUUGGAUUUGUUGCCGCGACAACUUAAAGAAAAAAAGCCAAAGAUAAUUUACAAUACAAGAAAUCCAAAAGACACCUGUGUCAGUUUUUAUCAUUAUUGCCAAGCAUUUCACGCGGCGCGCGGCUUCAAAGGCAGCUUCAACGAUUUUGCAGAAUUGAUGUUGCAAGAUGGCGUUCCAAUGAGCCCGUUUUGGGGUAGUGUUUUGCCCUUCUGGACAAUUUCUCAAAAUCAAGAGAACGUACUGUUCAUGACAUACGAAGAAAUGAAAAAGGAUCAGGUGUCGGUCAUCAAAAAAGUAGCGAAAUUUUUAGAUAAAACGGUCACGGACGAACAAAUCGUCGGACUGCGCGAACAUCUGAAAUUUUCGAAAAUGGUUGCAAAUCCGUCUGUGAACCUUGAACUAGUAUUAAGAAACAUAAACCCAGAAGAGAAUCACACAGAUCUCAAAUUCAUCCGGAAAGGUAAAGUCGGCGAUUGGACAAAUUACAUGUCGAAAGAUCUUGCUCAACGAUUCGACGAAUGGACUCAAAAGCAUGUUAAUGGAACUGGUCUUAAGUUUAACACGGAUAUACUUGAUGAAAAAUAAGAAAGUUUCGCAUUAAUAUAUUUAUAUGUAUAUUCCCAGCAAACACAAAAUAUAACUGCUACAUAACAUGGGAGUAACAUAUAAUGUAACAGUUGUUAUUCUUGAUUUAUAUUGGGAUAUUUAUUAUAUAAUUGGGAUAUUUAUUAUAUUGGGAUAUUUAUUAAUGGGAUAUUUAUUAUAUAAUUUUCUCUUAUUUAUGCAAUAUAACUCUGUAAUGAAAUAAUUAUAUAGUUUGUUACUUACUGGCAACAACAAGAUAACAAUAAUGUGUAUGUAAUGUAACAUGUUAUAUGACAAAUUUUAUGUCUGCGUUACUGUAAUGUGACAAUUUAUAUAGAUAUGAUCGAGUGAUUUAUUGGUGAAUAGAAUUUGAAGAUUCUAUAUAAAAAAAAAGAUAUGUAUGGUUGUGAAAAUAUAUAUUGAUUAAAAAAAAGAUAUGAUACCUUUAGUACAAACUAUUAUAGAAAGUGAAGUGAAAAAGAACAGUCUCGUGAUGAUUUUAUGAACAUGUUAUUGUCAAAGCCCGAAGCACGGGCGUUCUUAGAAUUGUCUGGUCAAUGCGGAAUCAAGCGUCUUGGUCAAAGCUCAAUGGUAUUUUCGGCCGCGCCGUUCAGCUGACAAAAAGAAGACAAAGUUGUCCUUAGCGACGAUGUUGUUGACAAGAGGAAGGAUCGCGGCCGCGAAAACUGUCACGACGCGUUUGAACGUUUCGGUUCUGUAUUUCGUUAUUACUGUUGUAUUUUGAGUUGUAAUAAAGUGUU